AUGAAGCAGGAGAGAGACAAGAAGGCGGCUCGAAGGGAACUGAUCGAGACGGAGCUGCAGCUGAAGGACAAGGAGCUGGAGCUGGCCAAGAUGGACAAAGAUCUAGUGCUGGCCAGGAAGGACCUGUUCAUCGUGACGGCGGAACUCAUGUUUACGCGGGGCACACUGCACAUGCGAGGCUUGCUGGAGUAUGCGGAGGCCAGGCUGAGCGGCGGGCGUGACGCGGCCUUUACGUCGCGCAAGGCCAAGUGGCUGCACAUCCUGCGCGAGCACCCCCAGCUGAUGGCGUCCCUGGCGCGGCACACGCGCGGCAGCAGCGCAGAGGCAGUCGCUGUCGAGGUGGUGGACCUGUACAAGCAGCUGUUGAAGCACGUCCACAUCAAGGACUGGCAGCAGAGCCGCAUGGCGGUGGACAUCGCGGAGGGCCCCAUCAGCCGUCAGCAGACGCUGCUGCUGGCCCGCGUGGCUGAGGCCAUGUCGGUGCCGUUCAAGCUGCAUUACAGGAACGCCAGCGCACGGCAUGCCGACAAUGGGGCCGGUUCUGCAUCCGAUGGCGAGCAAUGA